AUGAGUUCUUCCCCCUUUGUCCAGCAGGCCGCGGCCGAGAGCCAGCCUCAGAGUCAGAGCCAGAGCCUUGACGAGAAGAACCCCGCCAAGGUCACGGCCGACGCCUCCGGGACCGACUCCGAGAUCGAGAAGGAGGAGGCCCAGAAUGGUGUCAAGAAGAUCCAGGCCAUCACGACGGCCUGGACGUGGAGGGCGCUCAUCCUCACCUAUAUCCUAAUCUGGAUCACGUCUUACACGCACUCCAUGCAGCAGCAGAUGAACAGCAACCUCGCUCCCUACGUCACCUCGUCUUUCCGCCGCCACGGCCUCACAGCCACGACCGGAAUCGUCUCCGGCCUCGCCGGCGGCGUCUCCCAGCUGCCCUUGGCCAAGAUCCUCAACAUCUUCGGCCGCAUGGAGGGCUACAUGCUGGCUCAUCUCCUCUGCUGCUUCGGUCUCAUCCUGAUGGCCGUCUGCAGCAACGUCGAGACGUACGCCGCCGCACAGGUCUUCUGGGCGGUCGGAAGCGGUGGCAUCGGCUACAUCCACACCGUCCUCAUCUCCGACACGACCUCGAUCAGGAACCGUAUGAUCAUCUACACGCUCAACUCGACGGCGUACAUCGCCAAUGCCUUCGCCGGCCCCAUUGUCGCGCAGCUCUUCGAGAGAAACAGCACGUGGCGCUGGGCCUUUGGAUCCUUCGCCAUCAUCUUCCCCGUCUUCGGGUGCCUCAUCACCGUCAUGCUGUGGUGGAACCUGCGCAAGGCCAUGAGGCUCGGCCAGGGCCCUGAGCUGAAGGAGAGCGGCCGCAAUUUCCAGGAGUCCUUCAUGUUUUACUGCAGGGAGUUUGACGUCGUCGGCAUGUUCCUCAUCAUGUUCGGGUUCUCCCUCUUCCUGUUGCCGUUCAGCUUGGUCUCAUACACGGCCAAGAAGUGGGCUGCCGGUCACAUCAUCGCCAUGAUCAUCCUCGGCAUCUUCUGUCUCGUCCUCUUCGGCUUCUGGGAGAGGAAGUACGCCUCGACGCCACUCGUGCCUUGGAUUAACCUCAAGGACCGAACCAUUCUGGGCUCUGCUGCCGUUGCUGGCAUUAUCAGUCUGAGUUUCAGCUCGUGGGAUUCUUACUUCUCGUCGUAUCUGCAGGUUGUCCACCGCCAGAGCCUGGCCCAGGCCGGUUUCAUUGGCAACAUCUAUACUAUUGCAUCCUGCACCUGGGGCCCGAUUGUCGGAGUCCUCAUCCGUCAGACCAACCACUUCAAGUGGAUCGCGUGCGCCGCGAUCCCGGUGGCCUGCUUGUCGACCGGCCUCCUCAUCCACUUCCGCACGCCCGACACCUACAUCGGCUACGUGAUUAUGUGUCAGAUCCUGAAGGCCGUCUCCGCCGGCACCAUCAUCAUCUGCGAGCAGCUGGCUGUCAUGUCUGUCGUGAAGCACAACGAGGUCACCGUCAUGCUGGCCUUAGUCGGACUCGCCACCUCGGUCGGCCGCUCCGUCGGCCGAGCCAUCUCUGGCGCCAUCUGGACCAACGAGUUCCUCGACUUCCUCGUCAAGUACCUCCCCGAGGACACCAAGGGAGAGGCGUCGACCAUCUACGGAGACAUCAAAGUGCAGCUCUCGUACCCCUGGGGCUCACCAGCGCGUGAUGGCAUCGUUCACGCCUACGGGGAUGUGCAGCGUCACAUGGUCAUCUGUGGAGCCGCCUUCAUGCCGCUGGCUUUGGGUUGCGUGUUCUUGUGGAAGAACAUUAACGUUGCAAAGGUGCACCAGACCAAGGGUCAGGUGUUCUAG